UGAGCUGGAUUCGAAGACCCACCAUCAUAUAUGGAAAGAAAAAAAAAAACAAACCAUUAAAAGAAUAAAUGUAAAAAUAAGAUAAACCCCAAAAGCAAGUACAGAAAAAUUUACACAUCCAAGAGUUCAAUCUCUUAUGCAUAACACAAAAUAUAUAAAUCCAACUUUUAAUCUCCUAAAUUCCCUCUUUAUGUUCUUUCUGUUGCUUUCUUGUUCCAUUAACAACUUUCUUCUGUCUCUUUCUGUUGUGUUUUUGUAGCUUUUUUGUUCAUUUUUGGUACUAUAGUCUAUAAUAUGACUGUUUACAUAUGUGGAGAUUGAUAUCUACUGUUACUAUACUACUGUUUGUCAAUUUGGGGUUCUUUCUGUUGAUGUAUUGUUGUUGAAAAUUGUGAGAAAUAAUGAAUAUUGGUACUGUGCCUAGUUCUACUGGUUCUUGGAAGUCUGGUGAUGUGGUUUCAGAUCAGUUUCCAGUAGGCUUAAGGGUACUUGUAGUUGAUGAUGACCCUACUUGUUUAAGGAUCUUGGAAAAGAUGUUAAGGAACUGCCACUAUGAAGUGACCAAGUGUAAUAGGGCUGAGAUUGCACUAUCGUUGCUCCGGGAAAACAAGAAUGGGUUUGACAUUGUUAUAAGUGAUGUACAUAUGCCAGACAUGGAUGGUUUCAAACUUCUUGAGCACAUUGGUUUGGAGAUGGACCUGCCUGUUAUAAUGAUGUCGGCGGAUGAUAGUAAGGAUGUGGUUAUGAAAGGAGUUACUCAUGGUGCAUAUGAUUAUCUAAUCAAACCGGUGCGGAUUGAGGCACUAAAGAAUAUUUGGCAGCAUGUUGUUCGUAAAAAGAAACAUGAGUGGAAGGAUAACAAUUUCGAUCAAUCAGGAAGUGUGGAAGAGGGAGAUCGGCAGCAGAAACCAUCAGAAGAUGCUGAUUACUCAUCUUCAGCUAAUGAAGGAAACUGGAAAAACUCUAAGAAAAGAAAGGAAGAGGAAGAAGACGCUGAAGAUAGGGAUGAUCAAUCCACACUAAAGAAGCCACGUGUCGUUUGGUCAGUGGAGCUUCAUCAGCAAUUUGUACAAGCUGUGCAUCAACUUGGAAUUGACAAGGCCGUUCCCAAGAAAAUCUUGGAACUGAUGAAUGUUUCUGGACUAACCAGAGAAAAUGUUGCUAGCCACCUUCAGAAAUAUCGGUUGUAUCUCAGAAGGUUGAGUGGUGUAUCACAGCACCAAAAUGGACUGAACAACUCAUUCAUGGGACGCCCAGACCCAACCUUUGGCACAAUAUCUUCCCUCAAUGGGCUUGAUCUUCAAGCUAUUGCUGCCGCCGGUCAAAUCCCUGCACAAAGUCUUGCUACCCUCCAAGCAGCGGCCCUCGGUAGAUCUGCUACAAAAUCUGCCAUAGCUAUGCCCCUAGUAGAUCAAAGAAACCUUUUCAGCUUCGAAAAUUCCAAGUUGAUAUUUCCAGAAGGGCAACAACUGAAUAAUAGCAAUAAGCAAAUCGACUUGCUGCAUGGAAUCCCAACCACCAUGGAACCGAAGCAGCUUGCAAAUUUGCACCAGCCUUCCCAGACCUUUGUGGGUAUGAAUAUGCAAGUGAACUCCACGACACAACAUAAUAAUUCUCUGCUUAGGCGAAUGUCCCAAUCACAACCAAGGGCUCAAAUGCUAAAUGGAGCAAAUAAUGGCAGUCAAGUUUCGAGGCUUCCAUUGUCCAUGCAGCAAUCUUUGUCGUCAGAGGGGAUACCUGGUGCGGUCCUAGCACAGAGUGGUAUUGUUGACAAUGCACGAGGAAGUGUGUACAAUCCAGUCUCCCAAGGAUCUUCAAUGGUAGAUUUCUCGGUAAAUCAAAGCAAGGAGUUGCAAAGCUACAACUUUUCUCUUGGGAGUAAUAGUUCAGGGAUGUCCUCUUUGACUAAUCGAGGGAUGCUUCAGCAAGAAGUGAACUCUGAUAUCAAAGGAUCUAGAGGUUUCCCUUCUAAUUAUGAUAUUUUCAACGAACUCCAUCAGCCAAAAUCGCAGAACUGGGGUUUACAGAAUGUUGGUUCAACCUAUGACGCCUCUCAUCAUCCAAGUAUACAGGGAACUCAGGGUGUGUCAUCACAAUUGUUACUUCAACGAGGGAUUUCUUCUACACACAACAGUGGACAAAACAGAAAUGCUCCUAUUGGGAAACCAAUGUACUCCAAUGGGGAAGAAACUGGACAUUCUAAUCCUAUGGGUGGACAACAACUUAACUCUGUUGGUGGGAAUAUGCUUGCUGUUAAAGCCGAAAGAUUUCCCGACGCAGACUAUCAGAAUACCAUUUUCCCGGAGCAAUUUGGACAGGAUGACCUCAUGAGUGCCUUCCUAAAACAGCAAGGAAGUGUUGGCCCAGUUGAAACUGAAUUUGGCUUCGAUGGAUACACGUUGGAUAAUCUUCCGGUUUAAGAUGUGAACAAAGCUUAGUUGUUGAUGUACCUGACAGUUUAAACAUAUAAUUUAAAGACACCAGUGUACAUAGUUGCUGUUACACCUGAAAAUUCCCAGUGAACCAAAAUGAAGGAGUCUCGGUUUUUUCUUCAGCUAUAAAACUUGGAUUGUGCUCUAAGAAGACAGUAGCUGUCGGAUGGGAAGUAUGAAUAUCAGAUAGACCACAGAAGGGAAUAGACUAAGCUGUUUGAUGAUACUACUGCAUGGUGCGCCAAAGGCAAACAUGCAAAGUUUUUGCUGGUAUUAAUAGGUGAUUUUAGGAGAAUCACAUUUCUUGGGUGCAGACGUUAGGUGCAGGGAUUUUCGUAAACAGGAGGGUCAAGUUCUAACUUCAAUAAUGCAAUCUUUUCCCUUUCGCAUUCAGGAUUGAUCUUUUAAUGUACAGAUUUCAUUUGAAUUACUUAUUAGGAUAAGUCUGUCGGAUUUAUAUAGUUCAUUGUUUUUCUCCAUUUCAUGUUUUACUUUUAGGUGUGCAGCUCUCUUGAGAUGUA